AUGGGACUCGCAGCACCAAAGAACCGGUCCAAGAUCUCCAACGACCCGCAAAAUACCACAUGGGCCAACAACACCUCCCGCUUCGGGCAUCGCAUCUUGACAUCGCAAGGAUGGCAGCCCGGUGACUCCCUCGGCGCAUCGGAUGCCGCGCACGCCGCGCAUUAUACUGUCGCUUCUCAAUCACACAUUCGAGUACUUUUGAAGGAUGACAACCUCGGCUUGGGCGCGAAGCGAGGAAGCGAGCGCGCAGAGAACUUUGGUCUCGCUGGAUUGGAAAGUAUCCUCGGACGAUUGAAUGGCAAGGAGGCCGAGGUGAAGAAGGAAGAGGAGCGAAGGGAGGAGAUCGAGAAACGAGCCUUCGUGUACCGCAAGUACGGCAUGAUGAACUUCGUUAGUGGCGGCUUCCUCGUUGGCGACAAGAUCAAAUCGCGCGACGAGGUCAAGACGGAAACUCAGGCCAAGGUCGAAGUGAAAUCUGAACCUGAAAGCGAUGGCGCGAAAGAAGAUGACAGGAAGAAGAAAAGGAAGCGCAAGGAUCGUGACGAGGCGGGAGUGGAGGGCGAGGAAGAGCCUAAACUGAAGCGCAAGAAGAAGAGUAUGGACCUUCGGGAUCAAGCCAAGAAGGAUAUUGCCGCAGAGUCGUCAAAGGACAAGAAGGGCAAAAAGUCCAAGAAGGACAAGAAGGCGGUCACCUCGGAUCCCGAACCCACGAGCUCCGGUGUAGCCUCUCCCGCAUCAGACCCAGAACCACUCACAGACAAGGCAAGACGGAAAGCCGAGAAGAAGGCUCGCAAAGAGGAGAAGAGGCUGAAAAAGGCCCUGAAAAAGGCUGCCAAGGAAGCCGCGAAACCCAUGGGCGAUGUGGAAGACUUGAGUUCCGAGAGUGAGGAUGAGAGCACACCCAGCGCUUCAAGACCAGCAACGGGCACCUCGACGCCAACAGUUUCGGCUGCUGGUUUGACUUUCAACCCUAGAGGCAUGCACUCGGUGCGACAGAAAUGGAUUCGAUCGAAAAAGAGUGCUACAAUGGACGCGCAGGCAAUGCGAGAAAUCUUUAUGAUCAAGACGCCUUCGUAG